GGGCCGCCCGCGCCUCCUGCUGUCCGAGCCUGGGGGUGGGCCCCGCGCCGCGAGCCGCCUAGUGCGGGGAGGGAACCAGCUCCAGCUCGCCUGAUGGAUUGACUUGGAGAUGGAUCGAAUUACACCAUUUGCCUUGCCUCGAUUUGUUUUGCUCCCGCUCCGUCCCGCUGCUGCUGCUGCUGCUGCUGCUGUCGCUGCUGCAAGGACUGGUGGUGGCGAGUUGCAGGAUCAUAUCGAGGAAGCCAAGACCCAAAGAGAGAGAGGGAUAUAUAUUUUUUCUUUUAUUUUCUUUUUUCCCUGCGCGUGACAAGCUGCUUUUUUUCCUCUUUUUUUCUUUUUUCCUUUUUUUUUUUUUUUAAUUGUUACCAGCCGACCCCCAUGAGGGUCUCCGCCAGGCGGCAAGAGCCCAGCGCUGAGAUGUGUGACGUUCUCAUCUACCCAUCAAUUAUGGAUGGAAACAAAUAAGGAAGAGUCAAUUUUGCACGAGCCCCUUCUCCGGCAGCGAGAGGCGUCCUGCAGCCGGGAGGGAGCCGCCGCUCGCGUCUGCAGGGGGAUGGUGAGGAGGAAGGAUAGGAGAAAUACUUGUUUGGAGAAAUUUUUCCAGGUUUCUUCCUUAUAGAACUGAGAAAAACCUCAGACAGUUCAAGGUAGCUAAGCGGGAUUUCUGAGGAGGGGCUGCUCUGACUUCACCUUGGCCCACCAUGAGGUGCUUCUUGCUCUGUGCCUACAUGCUGCUCCUGAUGAUUUCCCAGCUGAGGGCAGUCAGCUUUCCCGAAGAUGAUGAACCCCUUAAUACAGUCGACUAUCACUAUUCAAGGCAAUAUCCGGUUUUUAGAGGACGCCCUUCGGGCAAUGAAUCCCAGCACAGGCUGGACUUUCAGCUGAUGUUGAAAAUUCGAGACACACUUUAUAUUGCUGGCAGGGAUCAAGUUUAUACGGUAAACUUAAAUGACAUCCCCAAAACAGAAGUCAUACCAAACAAGAAACUGACGUGGCGGUCAAGACAACAGGACCGAGAAAACUGUGCCAUGAAAGGCAAACAUAAAGAUGAAUGCCACAACUUUAUUAAGGUAUUUGUCCCAAGAAACGACGAGAUGGUUUUUGUAUGUGGUACCAAUGCAUUCAAUCCCAUGUGUAGAUACUAUAGGUUGAAUACCUUAGAGUAUGACGGGGAGGAAAUUAGUGGCCUGGCAAGAUGCCCAUUUGAUGCCAGACAAACCAAUGUUGCCCUUUUUGCUGAUGGGAAGCUAUAUUCUGCCACGGUGGCUGACUUCUUGGCCAGUGAUGCUGUUAUUUAUCGAAGCAUGGGGGAUGGAUCUGCCCUUCGCACAAUAAAAUAUGAUUCCAAAUGGAUAAAAGAGCCACAUUUUCUUCAUGCCAUAGAAUAUGGAAACUAUGUGUAUUUCUUCUUUCGAGAAAUUGCUGUGGAACAUAAUAAUUUAGGCAAGGCUGUCUAUUCCCGUGUGGCCCGCAUAUGUAAAAAUGACAUGGGUGGCUCCCAGCGGGUCCUGGAGAAACACUGGACUUCAUUUCUGAAGGCUCGGCUUAACUGUUCUGUCCCCGGAGAUUCGUUUUUCUACUUUGAUGUCCUGCAGUCUAUCACAGACAUAAUACAAAUCAAUGGCAUCCCCACUGUGGUCGGGGUGUUUACCACACAGCUCAACAGCAUUCCUGGUUCUGCAGUGUGUGCAUUUAGCAUGGAUGACAUUGAAAAAGUAUUCAAAGGACGGUUUAAAGAACAGAAAACCCCAGAUUCUGUUUGGACAGCAGUCCCUGAAGACAAAGUACCAAAGCCAAGGCCUGGCUGUUGUGCAAAGCAUGGCCUUGCUGAAGCCUAUAAAACCUCCAUCGAUUUCCCUGAUGAAACCCUGUCGUUCAUCAAAUCCCACCCGCUAAUGGACUCUGCCGUCCCACCCAUCGCCGAUGAGCCCUGGUUCACAAAGACUCGGAUCAGGUACAGACUGACGGCCAUCGCUGUUGACCAUUCUGCUGGGCCCCACCGGAACUAUACAGUCAUCUUUGUUGGCUCUGAAGCUGGCGUGGUGCUUAAAGUUUUGGCAAAGACCAGUCCUUUCUCUUUGAAUGACAGCGUAUUACUGGAAGAGAUUGAAGCGUACAACCACGCAAAGUGUAAUGCUGAGAAUGAGGAGGACAGAAAGGUCAUCUCAUUACAGUUGGAUAAAGAUCAUCACGCUGUGUAUGUGGCAUUCUCUAGCUGCGUUAUUCGCCUCCCCCUCAGUCGCUGUGAGCGUUACGGAUCCUGUAAAAAGUCUUGUAUUGCAUCUCGGGACCCAUACUGUGGCUGGUUAAGCCAGGGGGCUUGUGGCAGAGUGACCCCAGGGAUGCUGCUGUUAACCGAAGACUUCUUUGCUUUCCAUAACCACAGUGCUGGAGGAUAUGAACAAGACACAGAAUACGGCAACACGGCCCACCUAGGGGACUGCCACGAAAUUUUGCCUACUUCAACUACACCAGAUUACAAAAUAUUUGGCGGUCCAACAUCUGACAUGGAGGUAUCUUCAUCAUCUGUUACCACAAUGGCAAGUAUCCCAGAAAUUACACCUAAAGUGAUUGAUACCUGGAGACCUAAACUGACGAGCUCCCGGAAAUUUGUAGUUCAAGAUGACCCAAACACUUCUGAUUUUACUGAUCCUUUAUCAGGUAUCCCAAAGGGUGUACGAUGGGAAGUCCAGUCUGGAGAGUCCAACCAGAUGGUCCACAUGAAUGUCCUCAUCACCUGUGUCUUUGCCGCUUUUGUUUUGGGUGCGUUCAUUGCAGGGGUGGCAGUAUACUGCUAUCGCGACAUGUUCGUUCGGAAAAACAGAAAGAUUCAUAAAGAUGCAGAAUCUGCCCAGUCGUGCACAGACUCCAGUGGAAGCUUUGCCAAGCUGAAUGGUCUCUUUGACAGCCCAGUCAAGGAAUAUCAACAGAAUAUUGAUUCUCCCAAAUUGUAUAGUAACCUGUUGACCAGUCGGAAAGAGCUACCACCCAGUGGAGAUACCAAAUCCAUGGUAAUGGACCAUCGGGGCCAACCUCCCGAACUGGCUGCUCUCCCCACACCUGAGUCUACACCUGUGCUUCACCAGAAGACCCUGCAGGCCAUGAAGAGCCACUCAGACAAGGCCCACGGCCAUGGGGCUUCAAGGAAAGAAACCCCCCAGUUUUUUCCUUCUAGUCCACCACCCCAUUCCCCAUUAAGUCAUGGGCAUAUCCCCAGUGCCAUUGUUCUUCCUAAUGCCACUCAUGACUACAACACGUCUUUCUCAAACUCCAAUGCACACAAAGCUGAAAAGAAGCUUCAGAACAUUGACCACCCGCUUACAAAGUCAUCCAGCAAAAGAGAUCACCGGCGUUCUGUGGAUUCCAGAAAUACCCUCAAUGAUCUCCUGAAGCAUCUAAAUGACCCAAAUAGCAACCCCAAAGCCAUCAUGGGAGACAUCCAGAUGGCCCACCAGACCCUAAUGCUGGAUCCUGUGGGACCUAUGUCUGAGGUCCCACCCAAGGUCCCUAACCGGGAAGCAUCGCUGUACUCUCCUCCUUCAACUCUCCCCAGAAACAGCCCAACCAAGCGAGUGGACGUCCCCACCACUCCUGGAGUCCCAAUGACUUCUCUGGAAAGACAAAGGGGUUAUCACAAAAAUUCCUCCCAGAGGCACUCUAUAUCUGCUAUGCCUAAAAACUUAAACUCACCAAAUGGUGUUUUGUUAUCUAGACAGCCGAGUAUGAACCGUGGAGGGUACCUGCCCACCUCCACAGGGGCAAAGGUGGACUAUAUUCAGGGAACACCAGUGAGUGUUCAUCUGCAGCCUUCCCUCUCCAGACAGAGCAGCUAUACCAGUAAUGGCACCCUUCCUAGGACGGGACUAAAGAGGACACCGUCCUUAAAACCUGAUGUGCCACCAAAGCCUUCCUUUGUUCCUCAAACCACGUCUGUCAGACCACUGAACAAAUACACUUACUAGGCCUCAAGUGUGUGCUAUUCUCCGUGUGGCUUUAUCCUGUCCAUGUUGUUGAGAGGAUGAUGUUGUAAGGGUACCUUAAGACAAGAGACUCCCUUGUAUUUUAAGAGAAGCAAGUGGCCAAAGAAACUCUUUCUAACUUUGGCAACAUCAGAACUUGCCACAUGUAGCUACUACAGCAAAGCUUCUGUGUACUUGCCUGAAAACAAAGGAAGGUGCUGGUCAUUCCAUUUCUUUUGUUUGAAGCUAAAGAGAUGUGUAGCACCCAGGGGGCUACCUUACCAGUAUAGAGAGCUGAUACAGUACUCAGAAGAGUCUGUGAGCAAAUACUUGAAAAUGGGUUCAACUUAGACUACCAUGAUGUGUGGUCUUCCCAUUAAAUGUGAACAUUUUAAUUGUAUGCAUUCACCUUGCCUCUUGCACAAAUGUCAAAAAACAAUGGUAAUGUCUCAAAGAAAUGAACUUGUAGAUUACCAAACAAUUUGCUAAAACUCCAGUCUUUGACCCAAACUGUAGCAUUUUUUUCAAAGGGUGGCAUUUUUUUUCAUGCCACCAAUGGACUGUGUUGCCUGUGUGCGUGUGUGUGCGUGUGUGUGUGCGCGUGUGUGUGUGUGCGCGUGUGUGUGUUCUGUACCCAUGAGGAUUUGUUCUGGUGCCCAUUGCAUCUUUUUGUGCUAUGGACUUGUUUACAUUGCGCAUGACUGAACAAGAGACAAUAACUUCUUCCCACAGCAGUCCAUUGGGUUCAGCUUUGAGAAAGAAAUAAAAUCAAGGCUGAUCUGACCAUCAAAAUGAUUAACUUGACUUACAUGGUCCCCAAUGCCAGAAUGUAAGAGUUCUAAGUAAUUUUGUGCUGCUAUUCAUUAAAACUUCUAUUACAGUCUUGCCAGCUUAAGGAGAUAGAGAUGUUAAGAGGGAUCCUUGAUUUAUCCACCAGUAUUCAGUAGUAAAAUUUACCUGUCCACUGUGAAUCCAAGCCUGACUCACUGUAUUUAACCUUGGACACACUAAUAAGGUUUUAUUUUGAUGUUGUUUGGUUUCUCCCAUGUAGUACAAUUUCUCUUCCUUUAACUCCUCCUACCCCCAAGAUAAAUGAACAAAACAGAAGACAGAGGAAGGAAGUAUGAAAGCGAUUAUAAUUGGCCUAACAGAGAGAGUCUAUGAAAACCGAACAGUGGUGCAAUCAUGUUGUCUAUGUUGUGUUAAUAUGAGAGUUUUCUUUGAAGUCAUGCAGGUAAUGACAAUAUACUGUAAAUAUUACAUGUGAGUUUACCUGAAUCUGUGCAUUUUGUGCCUUAUUCAUGAGAAUGAUAGAAGUACUAAAAUAUGUCAAGUGUUUUCAGUAGAGCACAUCAUUUGCCGAGUGCCAGUUGUAAAUGUUUUUCAACCAGCACCUGAAAAGACUUUUAAAAAAUCGUUAAAACAACCUAGAACAAUUAAUUGUGAAACAAUCCACUCAAAUAGCAGCAUUACAUCCUUUGCCAUGAUAAACAUUCCACUCCUGCUUUCCUAAGGAUGAAACAGUGAUAAUGUGAAGUCAAAUGAGGUUUCUCGGGUAAUGUGAAACCUGUGGAAACCAUAGAGUCAUUUAUUGGUAGUUUUGCAGAAGCCACUUACAGCUGAUGAUGUGUAACCCUGAUGCAGUUAAUAUGCUGCACACCACACCAUGGUUUAUUGAACCUAAUCUAGAAAGUAUCCAGGCAGAGGAAUGCUCCUGACUUAAGUCAGACAAAUAAGUUCAACCGAUUUCUUGGGAUAACACUGAUGAUACAUAUGACUUGGGGGAGGAUGGGUUGCAGAAGACCAGAGCAUUUUUAUACAGAUUGUAGAAUACUGAUAGAGUUAUUCUUUUCCUUUGAGAAUAUUGCUUUCUAAAGAAUGUGAUUCCCUGAGAUCUGUGGAAGCUCAAAAUCUAGAACUUCUGUUCUCGAAACACUUCAGCUUUGCAACUAAAAUGUUACAGAUUAAUCGUAAAUUAAACCAACCAACGGUAAACACUACUCAGUCCACCGCCAACAAAUGCGUUUGAGUUCACCUUACCGAUAUUAAUCCCGGCGUGCAGAAAACGGAACAGUAACUCUAUGUGAACCCAGAUAACAUUUUGUAACAUUGUGCUGCCUUGUAGUUUGUAAUGUGAGUUCGGUCAGUAUUUAUGUUGAAAUUUCUAACAUAAAAUCUAGUCUCUAUCCUGUUAAUUUAAUUUUUAAAUGCUUUAUCCAUUUGUGCAAAGGUAAACACAGAUUGUAUCUUUUUUAAUGGUACGGCAUAAAAAGUAACCCUAAAGUGAAGUGGCUCUAUACUGUUUUAUAGAGUACUUUAACAUGUAUAGAUAUCUUGUAAACUUGUAUUGUGGAUGUGUAAAUAAUAUGUACUUUGGGUUUUUAACACCGCAUGUAAAGUCAAAAUAAAAUAUACAAAUCAUUA